ACGGUCUCCAUGGGCUUGGAAGGGAAAUCAUCCGCCCCGGCCGGCUGCGGGAGAGCCAGCGGCUCGGCAGGCGGAGGGGACGCGCGGUGGCACCGCCACAAUGAAAGGCGGAACACCUUCCUGCACCCAGUGACGGGACAGGUCCCCGAGGACACCUCAAGGCUUGACUUGCCAAAACACAGCUCGGACAUGUCCAGCAAGGCGGGCGGCAAGCGGCCGGCCACCGUCCCCAGCGAGCCCCCCAACCACGCCAUGGUGGCCGAGGUGCCCCCGGAGCGCCCCGGAGGCCGGGCUCCGCGCUCAUCCCGCAAGGGCAUCGCCUUCGGGAAGCGCUCCAACUCCAUGAAGAGGAACCCCAACGCCGCCGUCACCAAGAGCGGGUGGCUCUACAAGCAGGCCAGCUCGGGGGUGAAGCAGUGGAACAAGCGCUGGUUCGUGCUGGUGGAUCGCUGCCUCUUCUACUACAAAGACGAGAAGGAGGAGAACAUCCUGGGCAGCAUCCCCCUGCUCAGCUUCCGCGUGGCCGCCGUGCAGCCCUCGGACAACAUCAGCAGGAAGCACACGUUCAAGGCCGAGCACGCCGGCAUCCGCACCUACUUCUUCAGCGCCGAGAACACGGAGGAGCAGGAGUCCUGGAUCCAGGCCAUGGGCGAGGCCGCCCGCGUGCAGAUCCCGCCGAGCCAGAGGCACGAGAAGCCAGACUCGGAGAACAUCCCCCCCAGCAAACACCACCACCACCACCACCACUGCAACGCCGCCCACCGCGAGCACCCCAAGGCCGAGCCCGACGCCAAGACCCGCGGGGAGGGCGACGGCCGCGGCUCGGAGAAGAUGGAGCGGAAGCCGUCGGAGCGGGCGGACGGCAAGAAGGAGCCUCUGGCCAAAGCCAACGGCCUCGGCGGGCAGGAGCCGCCCUCGGAGCCGGGCAGUCCCUACCCCGAGGGGCCGCGGGCGCCGGCGAGCGCCGAGCGGCCGGCACAGCCCAACGGGUGGCCGUACCCCUCGCCCAGCCGGCCCGGCAGCACCGCCUUCCCCCCGGCGGGUGACAGCGAGAGCGGGGCCCAGCGCCGGGGCGUCACCCCCAGGUCCCACCCCGAGAAGGUGGCCCAGCGCAAGAGCUCCAUGACGCAGCUGCAGCAGUGGGUGAACUCGCGCCGCGCCACCGCGGCCCCCGAGGAGCUGCGCAGCCCCAGCAGGUUUUACCCCGUAUCCCGCCGGGUGCCCGAUUAUUACUCGCCCUACUCGCCGCAGUACCCUGAGGAGUACCAGUACUACCCGCCGGGCGUGCGCCCCGACAGCAUCUGCUCCAUGCCCGCCUUCGACCGCGUCAGCCCGCCGUGGGCGCUGGAGGACAAACGCCACUCCUUCCGCAACGGGGGUCCCUUCCACCCCGCCUUCGGCCGCCAGGACGUCCCACUGUGGCUGCCGGCGCCCGCCAGGCCGCCGAGCUACCUGGACGAGGUGGACGCGGCCUCGGGCUCGCUGCGGAGGAUGUCGCUGCAGCCGCGCUCGCGCUCGGUGCCGCGCUCGCCCAGCCAGGGCUCCUACGGCCGCGCCAGGGUUUACUCGCCCGUGCGCUCGCCCAGCGCCCGCUUCGAGCGGCUGCCGCCCCGCGGGGACGAGAUUUACGCCGACCCCGCCACCUUCGUGAUGCGCAGAUCCAUCAGCUCGCCCAAGUACGAUUACCUGGGUGACCGGCGGCCCGUCCCGGCCGGGGUGUACCCGUACCCCUUCCCGGCGUCCCCCACCAUCCACGACAAAAUGAUGAGCGAGAGCGAGACCCUCAUCACUAUGGUGAACAGGAUGGUGGAGACCUCCUCCCCUAGGGCCCAGCUCUACAUGCAAGUGACGCCGUUCCCGGAGCCCUACAGGGACACCCUGCACCCCUACAAGAUCAGCGAGCAGGACACCGAUAAGCUGCUGGGGAAGCUCUGCGAGCAGAACAAGGUGCUGCGGGAGCAGGAGAGGCUGGUGCAGCAGCUCCGGGCUGAGAAGGAGAGCCUGGAGAGCGCCCUGAUGGGGACACACCAGGAGCUGGAGAUGUUCGGGAGCCAGCCCGCCUACCCCGAGAAGCUGCUGCACAAGAAGGAAUCGCUGCAGAACCAGCUCAUCAACAUCCGGGUGGAGCUGUCCCAGGCCAGCACGGCCCUGGCAAACAGCACGGCCGAGUAUGAGAGCCUGGAGAGCGAGGUGUCCACCCUGCACGAUGACCUCUGGGAGCAGCUCAACCUGGACAUCCAGAACGAGAUGCUGAACCGGCAGAUCCAGAGGGAGAUCUGGCGGAUCCAGGACGUGAUGGAAGGGCUGAGGAAGAACAACCCCUCCCGAGGCACCGACACGGCCAAGCACAGAGUGGCCCUGGGCCCCUCGGGCACGUACAGCUCCAACAGCCCUGCCAGCCCCCUGAGCUCUGCCAGCCUCACCAGCCCCCUGAGCCCCUUCUCCCUCAUCUCCGGCUCCCAGGGAUCGCCCACCAAGCCCGGCCCUGGCGAGGAACCGGGCCCGCCUCGACCUCCCCUCCCCAAGUCCUACGUGCCCCUGGAGGCUCCUCCGGCCGUUCCUCCGCUCCCCAGCGAGAGCCGCCUCUGGCCCUACCCCGCCUCCCCUUCCUGGCACCAAGGAGAGGCCAAGCGGGGACAGCCCAAACCAGCCUUGGAGCCCAGCAAGAAGGAGCCGCCCCGGCCCAGCCCCCCCGGCCCCGCGCCCGAGGGGCUCCCGCAGAGCCGGCCGGAGCACGACGGCGACAAACAAGCGGCUCUCAACAAGGUGGGAAUCGUCCCCCCCAGGACCAAAUCUCCGGCGGAGGAGGAGGCGGUGCCCAGGAGGAACGGGCUGGCCAACGGGCUCGGCUCCCGGGAGAGACCCAAGAGCGCCGUGUUCGCCACCGAGACCAAGGUGAAGAUGAGCGUGGAGGAGCAGAUCGACCGCAUGAAGCGCCACCAGAGCGGCUCCAUGAAGGAGAAGCGGCGCAGCCUGCAGCUCCCCGGCCCCCAGCCCGACCCCCCCGGCACCAAAACCCCCUCCUCCUACAAGGUGGUGCGGCGACACCGCAGCAUCCACGAGGUGGACAUCUCGGACCUGGAGGCCGCGCUGCGCUCCGACGAGCCCGGCAAGGUGUACGAGACGCCGCAGGAGGAGAUCGCCCGGCUGCGCAAGAUGGAGCUGGAGCCGCAGCACUACGACGUGGACAUCAACAAGGAGCUGUCCACUCCGGACAAAGUCCUGAUCCCCGAGCGCUACGUGGAGCUGGAGCCGGAGUCGCCCCUCAGCCCCGAGGAGAUGAAGGAGAAGCAGAAGAAGGUGGAAAGGAUCAAGACUCUCAUUGCCAAGUCCAGCCUGCAGAACGUCAUCCCCCUGGGCGAGGGGGAGGUGGACACCCCCCAGGACCCUGAGGUGCAGCUGCAGGAGCAGGAGAAGAGGAUCGAGAUCUCCUGUGCCCUGGCUGCCGAGGCCUCGCGGCGCGGCCGGAUGCUCUCGGCUCAGUGCGCUACCCCCAGCCCUCCCACCUCCCCAGCCUCCCCGACUCCACCGACCAACCCCCUCUCGUCCGAGCCGCCCCGGGCCGACAGCAGCCACCUCAUGCGGGUGUGAGCCUGUGACCUCAAGCCCUGGCUGCUGCCGGCGCCAUCAAGUUCCACGGGGCCACGUUUUAGUCCCCUCCUGAGGUGACACCGAACCUCUCGCCACCGUCCUCGGUUCUCCCGGACCCCCUUCCCUCCCUCCGGCGGCGACACC